AUGGCUACCAACGGUGUCCCUACUUCUCCCUUUGUCACACUCGUUUCGUCUGACGGCUUCGAGUUCCACGUUCGCCGUUCCGCCGCGUGUGUCUCUGGUACGAUCCGACGUAUGUUGGACACACAAAGCAACUUCAGUGAAGCUCAGACCGGAGUAUGUCACCUCGAAAACAUCAGCGGUAUCGUCUUGGAAAAGGUCGUCGAGUACUUUUACUACAAUGAGAAACAUCGAAACAGCCAAGGCGUGCCUGACAUGGACAUACCGUCUGAAUUGUGCCUGGAGCUCCUCAUGGCCGCAGACUUUCUGUUGACCUGA